UAUGAAGAGAAAACAAGAAUUAUACAAUGCAAAUAAGUAUGGAGAAAAGCCAUCACAGAUAGGACUUGUGCCUGAUGUGCAGAAGACUGGGAGAUGUGAGUCCGACACAACAGCAGGAGGUAGUAUUGGAUGUGGUGCAAUGGUCAGUUCGAGCCCAAAUGAAUCACUGUGCUUGCCCACUCCAGUGCAUAUAUCACUGGGGCGCAGACAAGAUAUUAGCCCUUAUGCAACUUUCCAGGUUCCUAAUUCCACAGGUGGUGAAGGAGCAAUGGAAAGUACACCACAAACUAUUGAUCACUGCUCACACAGUCAGCACAUAAAGGGAGCCAAUACUGAUACAUAUAAGUAUGGCAGCAGCGCAGACUCUGUUUAUACAAAGAUUUGUAAGAAGUCACAGUAUGGUGAUGAUGAUGAUGAUGCUGUGGACUGGAUUCCUCUCCACAGUUUGUACAAAUCUCACAGGUACUGACAGUAAAUUGACUUGUGCUGGUAUGGCAUCUGUCUUCCAAACCGUUUCCUCCAUUGUGCGUUUCUUGGAUAAAAGAAAAUGAAAAUAUAAGAUUGUCGAUUUAAUAACAUAGUCUAAGAUUUUUCAAGUGCCUUAUUUUAGGAAUUUGUGAGAACUGUUUUGGGGGUGAUACAGUCAAGGAUAACUUCACAACACCUUAAGUGCCCAGUGUAUAUGAAAUCAUACAAGUGAGCUCGAGAGGCAUCAUUACCUACAACAUACAGCAGUACAAUGACAAGUGGUGCCUCAGAUAAUAUUGUGAGAAAUGAAUAUAUACAAAUGCUGAAAAACAAUUGUGUAUUAUUUUAAGAUUCCCUGAUUAAACUGUUAAUUCCUUAAUGUGCCCAUUCAUUUGCCUAACACCCAUCAGGUAGCAAAUAUUUGUGGUGUAAUAAUAUUUACAUUCACAUAGUUAGCAAUGUUGUCAAUUCCAUUUUCCUGCAGAGUAGUUUGACAAAGGUGACAAGUGUGGUUGUCAAAAUAUGGUGCAGAAAAAUGGAACUGUCAGCCUGCCAAUUAAAAUGGAAAAAGUCUCAGGAAUCAGUUGUGACACUGUUGAAAAAUUUCAUUUAUAACACCAGUAACUAAUUGCUUGCUGCUUUAUGCCUUAUAAAAUGCAGUCUUCUUUGGUUCAAGAUAACUUAUAUUUG